GCUAUAACGUCAUUUUGAAAGCACUUUAAUUCGUUUUUUAAUCCCACUUGGCGAUUUUUAAGUAUUUUUUUUUAGGACAAUUUAGGUAUUUUUUUUCAGGUAUAAAUUUUACGGUGCAAGUUUUAACAUUAUAAAUAAUUCCUUAAACCCAAAAACGUAAAGGGCCAACAGGUUUCUCACUUGGUUGCAUUUUAUGGAGGAGCAGGAGAAAAAGCAGCGAUCACAGAGGAUUCAAGGAAAUAUGCCCAAACAGGCAUCCUUGGCCACGACACUUUUUAUGUUCAAUAUCAUUCUUUUAGCAGGUGGAAUUGCCUGUGUUGGGAUUGGAACGGUAUAUGCUUUGAAAACUUCUACCCUCAGGGCCAUCAAAGGGUUUGUCGAAGCUUUCCACAUUGACAUCAUAUCAUUUGGACUAAUCGCUAUUGGCGCUAUUACGUUCGUUACAAAUGUAGUCGGUUUUGUUGCGGUUGCGGAGGAGAACAAAUAUUUUGCCAUCAUCUACUCAGUAUUUUUGACAAUUUUGCUAAUUUUAAGCGUCAGUUUAUGUGUAUACGUUGCUAAGUCAAAUCAGAAAGUACUCAAGGACUAUGUGUAUGUCAAACUCAGAAAAAUAUGGACAAGUGAUCACAAGAGGGUAGUAGUAAACAGGGAUAAUCUGGAAGGAUGUGUCGUUGAUCACAUUCAAAAAAAAUUCAGAUGUUGCGGUGUUACUGGCCCACGUAACUACAACGUUCAUACUGGCAAUUCGACGCUUCCGGUGUCAUGUUGCCCACAGGAGCAACCGAAAUGUCUGUACCCUUCUGCUUAUAAGCAAGGAUGCAAUAAGUCUAUAAAAGGAAAGUUAUUACGGUACUCACAUUUGAUUACAUACCCUCCCAUCAUAGUAACUGGAUACGAAGCUUUCGUAUACGUUUUUGCAAUUUGCUAUGCGGCAAUAUUAGCCUGUUCUUCGAAGAUACCCGAUAAUGAAAAUUUUACUUCUGAAAGUUUUGUUUGGUAAAUAAUAUUUUAUACAUACAUGGUUAAAGAAAUUUUGCAGCACAUUAAAAUAAGAUAUUUUGAUGGUCUAGAUAUGGCCAAA